CUGGAUAGAAUCAUACACGAGCUUCUUGAAACCAAUGAUCUCGCUCCCAAGACGAAGAUCGGCCUUCACCUAACAGAAAUCCAAUUUCUAUGCGCCAAAGCAAAAGAGAUUCUCAUCGCCCAGCCAACACUCCUGGAACUGGCCGCCCCGCUGACAGUCGUUGGCCCUGUUCAUGGGCAGUUCGAUGACUUACUCAAGGUAUUCAAAUGCGCUGGACACCCUAAGGCGACAAGUUAUCUCUUUUUGGGAAACUACGUCGAUUUCGGUAAAAGUUCGCUGGAGAGUAUCUGUCUUCUUCUUGCAUAUAAGAUCAAGUUCUCGCGAACAUUCUUUUUGCUGAGAGGAAACCAUGAGAGUGAGGAUGGAAGCCGCAAAAAGCUGGGCUUCUACCAAGAAUGCAAAGAGCGUUAUAACAUACGGCUCUGGAAGCGUUUUGUUGACAUUUUCAACUACCUGCCAUUGGCGGCGACUGUGAAUAGCAAAGUAUUUUGCGUUCAUGGAGGCCUGGGUCCAAGUUUCACAAGUUUACAGGACAUCAAGCAGAUUACGCGACCAAUCAUUGAAAGAUAUAAUGACAAAGAUGAAGAAAUUCGACGUGCCCUAGUGGAUGGCGAUUUCAAUAAUGAUGUCGUAGGAUGGAACGACAGGGGCCAGGAUGGGAUCAAAUUCGGGCCGGACCGUGUCUCGAACUUCCUCACGAGAAAUAACAUGCAGCUCAUCGUUAGCGGUCGCAAAGCCCCCAAAGAAGGGUACCAGUUCUGUUGUGAGAAUAAGUUCUUGAGGCUCUGGACCGCUCCAAACUGGAAUGGUUUAGGCAACGCGGGAGCGAUCUGGACGAUCCCUGAGAAC